AUGGCGAAGAGGAGCGCCUCUGAAGCCGCUGAGCAGGUAGAGAAACAUUUCAAAGUUGAGGAAAGCGAUGCUACUGCCUCGCCGACGCCUGUGCCACAACCCCCGGACGCUGGCGACGACAUUAGACCAUCUGAACAUGACUUAGAAGCCAGCUCCGGCAACAACAUUGAAUUGUCUGAACAGGAGUUACAAGCCAUGUACAGAGACUUGGACCGCAACAUAGGGCAAGAUAGAGUUGAGGCAACAAGAAAUGGGGACAUCCAGAUUGCGCUGAAACGGUUGGAAGCUGCUGAUGAGCUGUUCGAAAAAGUGAAAGCGUCAAAUUCUCAUAAAAAUUCGUUGUUCGAGCAGGAUUCGCGGACUGUGCUGGGGGUAAGUGAACUUGCAGAGCUCAGUGUUCGUAACAUGAAGUUGGAAAACUCGCAAUUAGCUGUUAACAGAGGUGAUAUAGUGGGAUACGCGAAACAGUACAUGUUACAUGAGUAUUUCGAACGAAACAACAUCCAAGAAGGUCGUCGAGCUACAGGGGUGGCGGUUGGCAGUGAAGAGAGUGAAGUCAGUGGGUUAAGGCAGCAUGGACGAGAGCAAGAAAACUUCCAGCGUUUCGAGCAAUACGAUAGCUUUGCACAGUUUAAUUGGUUUAAACUAGGAAUGUUGUACCAGACCACGUCUAGGGCGCCGGCCGUCUUGGACCAUCUGUUGGGACCCUUCGGGGCAGAGAAGAAAACUCGCACCUUUACGCAAGGUACGAGAGCAGCUGCUGAUCCCGUGGGGGUUUCGGUAACGGCUCAAAGAGUCGGGAAGGACGGGCUGGGAGCCACGCAAGAGAAAACAACACCAGGACAGGUAAAAAGGUGUUUCAAGACAUUGAUUAACAAAAGGGGCUACAAGCAAAUCGGACUUUAUCAAUUUGCCAUCGAUUCACGGUCCUUCGCGAGAUCUGUUGAAAACCUUUUCUACACCAGUUUUCUCAUAAAGGAGGGCAAAGUUGUUUUAGAAGAGGACGAGAAUGGAUUUCCAGCUAUUCGCGCGGCAAACACCAAGUCUGGCGACGCAAAUGAUUCGAGUCAUGCAAACAUUGAUGCUCGACAGAAUCAUCUCAUCUUCCAAAUGGACAUGGCAACUUGGAGAAAACUAAUACGUCACUUUGAUAUACAAGGUUCUUUCAUUCCCUAA